UACAACCACGGGUAUCGAGUUGUAAAAUUCGAUUAAACCGAUACGAACCGGAAUUAAUAAGCUGACUUGUACGGAGGAGGCUGAGCCACGUCAGAUUGAUGAUCCGUUAAGAUCCAAUCAUCUGUUAAUGGACACGUCACUUCUCGGAAGCAGUCCCGUUCAUGGCAGCAGCCACGCCUGCACUCUGUGCUGCUCUCCGAUCUCCCUUCUCUCCCCGGAGAUUCUCUCCGAUCCGCGAAACCACCGCUCCAUUGCACUUCGGUCUCAUCCCUUCCUCGUUAUUCCGUUCCGUCGCCACCGGCGGCGGUAGACUUUUCCCGCGUUCUCCGGCGACGAAGCAGCAGGAUGAUGCUGGAUUCGAUCAACCUCCGUCGCAGGAGCUCGCGAUAGUCUCGGCGUGUUUAGUCGGCGUCCUCACCGGAAUAAGCGUGGUUAUCUUCAACAACUGCGUUCACCUGCUCCGAGGCUUCUCGUGGGACGGGAUCCCCGAUCGCGGAGCUUCGUGGCUCAGAGACGCGCCGAUCGGAUCCGUAUGGCUGCGCGUCAUACUCGUCCCGACUCUCGGCGGUUUGUUAGUCAGCGUCCUUAACAACCUCCGAGAAGCCGCUGAAGAUUCCGAUACCACUGUAAACGCAAACGCAAACGCAAACGCAGUGCUGCGUCCUUUCCUCAAGGCGGUUGCGGCGUGUGUGACGCUCGGCACGGGAAACUCGCUGGGUCCUGAAGGUCCUAGCGUUGAGAUCGGAGCGUCGAUCGCGAGAGGAGUGAACUCUGUGUUUAAUAAGAGUCCUCAGACUGGGCUCUCGCUUCUUGCCGCUGGCUCAGCGUCUGGAAUCUCUUCUGGGUUCAAUGCGGCUGUUGCUGGAUGCUUCUUUGCAGUUGAAUCCGUGUUGUGGCCUUCAUCGAGUGAUUCGUCUACUUCACUUCCAAACUCUACUUCGAUGGUUAUUCUUAGUGCUGUUAUUGCUUCUGUUGUGUCUGAAAUUGGUUUGGGAUCUGAGCCUGCGUUUAAGGUUCCUGACUAUGACUUCCGCUCUCCUGGAGAGCUUCCACUCUAUCUUUUACUGGGCGCUCUGUGUGGCUUAGUCUCCUUGGCGUUAUCUCGAUGCACAUCUUCCAUGACAUCUGCUGUUGACAGUCUCAACAAGGACGCUGGGAUACCAAAGUCUCUAUUUCCAGUAUUGGGUGGCUUAACUGUUGGUAUCAUAGCUUUGGUAUACCCUGAAGUCUUAUACUGGGGUUUCGAGAACGUGGAUAUUUUGCUGGAGUCUCGUCCCUUUGUGAAGGGCCUUUCAGCUGAUCUUUUGCUUCAGCUGGUAGCGGUCAAGAUAGCUGCAACCGCGUUGUGCCGGGCUUCUGGACUGGUGGGAGGAUACUAUGCUCCUUCUCUGUUUAUUGGUGGGGCGGCCGGAAUGGCCUAUGGAAAGUUUAUUGGCAUUGCCUUGGCGCAGAAUCCUGGAAUCCAUCUCUCUAUCCUCGAGGUGGCAUCUCCACAAGCUUAUGGUCUGGUUGGAAUGGCUGCUACACUUGCGGGGGUUUGUCAAGUUCCUCUUACAUCGGUACUGUUGCUAUUUGAACUUACACAAGACUAUCGUAUAGUGUUGCCCCUACUUGGAGCUGUAGGCAUGUCUUCAUGGAUUACAUCUGGACAGUCAAAGAGACAAGAAACUAGAGAGACGAAAGAAACUAGGAAAAGAAACAGCCAAGAAGCUGUACAGUCUCUGACGUCAUCAGAUGAGGAUGAACCAUCAACGAAUAACCUUUGUGAAGUUGAAAGUUCUCUUUGUGUAGAUGAUUCAAGCAUCCAAGCUGAGGAGCUACAAAGGAGUAUCUUCGUUUCAGAAGCCAUGCGAACAAGAUUUGCCACGGUUAUGAUGAGCACUUCUCUGGAAGAAGCAGUAACUCGUAUGCUGAUAGAGAAACAGUCCUGUGCGCUUAUUGUUGAUCCUGACAACAUCUUUCUCGGUCUACUUACACUUUCAGACAUUCUGGAAUUUAGCAAAGCAAGAAAAGAAGGAAACAAAGAACCUAAGAUUUUUGUAAGUGAAAUAUGUUCGAUGAGCGGAGGAUGUAGAGUGCCGUGGACUGUGACACCUGAUAUGGAUCUUCUCGCUGCCCAAACAAUCAUGAACAAGCAUGAAAUAUCUCAUGUUCCAGUCGUUUCAGGAGGCAGUGAUUCUCGCAGAAUACACCCUGUUGGGGUCCUAGAUAAAGAAUGUAUCACUGUAACACGCAGAGCUCUAGCAACCAGAAUGUUCCUCGACGGAGUCAAUUCUCUGCAAUCGUAAACCGGCUUGCUUUGUAGCUUUUCUUGAGCUGACCAGGAUGAUUUCAGUCUUUUUCUUCUUUUGUGAGGCUCGAGGCCAGUUUUGGUAGAAGAGAGAUGGCUGGUGCUGCGUGAUUAGAAGUAAGUCUUCUCCAUCUGUUGAUUGAAAUGGUGGAAGCUGUCCCGCUUAAGGUGCUGAGCAGCCGAAGCAAGGAAGGGUACUCAGAGAAUCUUCUACUAUUGUACAGAAUGUCAUGUGAUUGGUUACACUAUUUUGUCUUAUUAUGUACAGAUUGUCACUGUGCCUUUCUCAAUUUUUGUAUGUUUUGUAAAUUGCUACUUUGGCUUACAUCACA